UUUAUAUAAGUUAUAUAUUAUAGUUUCAAUUAUACAUACUAGUAUUUACAUACAGUACUGUGUAUAAUUAUGUGAAAAAACAGAUUUUAUCAAAAAAAUAAAAUAAAUAAAUUUUCUAUAUUUAAAUGAUGUGCAUCCCAAAUGAGAUAAAUUGACUCUUUUUAAUGUGUUCAUUCAAUAACACUGAUUGAUUUUGUUUUUGGGAUCAAAGAACUAUUCUUGUAAUAUACCCACUAAUGAGGGUAUUCAUUUGAUAAUUACAAGUAAAUGUAAUAAUGAGCUUAUUAUCUCGGCUGAUCAAAUUCAUAUGGGACCUUAGCAGUGUUGUCUUUGGAGGACAAUCAUCCAUUUGAAACUGGAAGCGAAAAUCUUCGGAUGAUUUCUGGCCAUUUCAAUACAUUCUUAUUUAUCUUAUUGAUUUUUAAAAUGGUAAGCAAUUAAUUUUCAAAGCUUACGUUGAAUACAUCUGAAUGAUAAUACGCGGUAAUCAAUGUUGCAAUCGAUACCGCAAACUGCAACAAUUACAUCUUUCUUGGUUUUAAGGUUCCACGCACGGUUGUAAGUAACUUCGAUCAUGGCAAAAGAAACUUUAGGUGCAACAGUAAGUGUAUUUUUGCUCCUUGGUGGAAUUGAAGCCGCAUUGUAUACUUAUGGAACGAGCGUUUCUCUCCACAAGACUCUAUUACAGAACUAUUCCAAAGAUAUUCGACCUGUGACAAACCAAACGAAAACUCUGCUCAUAGACAUCAAGCUGAACAUUAAAGCUAUCAACAAAUUUGACGAAACAGAGGGCGUACUACAUACAGUGUUUGGAUUGACCUUGGAAUGGACAGACGAAUUAAUCCAGUGGAAUCCAACGGAUUAUGGCCAAGCGUCGAUCGUUCGACUUCCCAAAUCAAAAGUGUGGAUUCCAUCUUUGUUUUUGGUCAAUUCGGCCACUAGUCUUGAAAUAGAACUCGGAAACGAUAAAACACAAACUGUAACCUACCAAGCAAACGGCAGUGCUCUUUGCUCGACCGGAAUCAUUACGUCAUCAAUGUGCUCACCAAACAUUAUGUAUUACCCGUUUGACAAUCACGAUUGCAGUGUACAAUUUUCAAACCUUGUGUCAUCCAAGGAAAUUUCUCUACGCAUUGACCGGCGUAUCUCUACCGACGUUUACGAACCAAACACAAUUUGGGAAUUGGAAUCUGUUUCUGGAGAAAAUUUCUUGCGACAAGGAGCAUCGCUUGCCGAAGCUCGCAUCAAAAUCAAGAGAAGACCAACAUUCUUACUUAUCAACAUUUUCGCUCCAAUCUUGUUUCUCGCAAUGGUUAACCUUCUCGUCUUUGCAAUUCCAAUUGCAUCCGGGGAGCGGAUUUCUUUUGCUGUCACUAUUUUGUUGUCCUUUGCCGUUUUCUUGACCCUGGUAACCGACAAAAUGCCACAGACGAGUCUAACCGUUUCGCUGUUUUCCGUCUAUCUAAUUCUGACGAUGACAAACAGUUCUUUGAUCAUGGUAUCUUUGGUGUUUAUUCUAGAGAUGUAUUACACAGAAAAAGAAGAAACAGCAGGGAAAGUUACACGGUUCCUGAUUUCUGUCUUGGAGAUGGUGACAAAUAACCCAAGAAAUAACAAAGUAGUCGGUGAAACGGAAUUACACAAAGGCAAGGGGAAGAGUGAAGAAGCAGACGAACUGCCAGAAGACUUAACCCAGUCGUGUAAAACAGUCGAUCGAAUGCCGAAAUUAGCUUCUAUGUUAGACAAGGCAUGUUGUUUAUUUUUUUCAGUUGUCGUUAUUCUAGAAACUGUAAUCUUUAUGUUUAUUCUUCGUUGUGUUCCAGAUUCAGACAUUAUUGCAAUGGCAACUCAAGGCGAUUUAGACAAUACUACCAUGUCCAAGAUUUACAGUGUAGUCGACGUAUUAGACACAGCCAAUGAACUACGCAAACACCAACCAGAUGGCGCUUAUGGCUUUGCUGCAAAGAAAGGAGGAGCCUUUAUAGAUAGCGUUGGAGCGUAUCAAACUGGAAACGGGUUCUCAGAAGCGGUUGUUACCUUAGACAUUGAAGGCACCGGAAGUUCAGUCGUUGUAAUGUCUAGAAACAACAAAGCAGAAAACUACAAAAGCUACAUCGACUUUCUGGUCAUGGACAAGUCUCAAGCGAAACCCGUCAUUGACGUAGUCGAUGACGUCAGUUCCUGGAAUGUCGAACCGCCAAGAUUCACACGCUAUGGAGAGAUCUACAAGCGAGUAGACAUGAGAGCAGAGGUUGGACCGAUGACGCGGAAUAUUCAUAUCACUAGUCGUUAUCCAUUACAUUACCAUAUGUGCGAGAAUCUGGCAGACAAGAUGUUAUACACAGGCGAAUCCUACCUCCGAAACAAUUCAAUCAAUCACUCUCAGUUUAGAUGCAUCACGAUUCACGGAACACACAAUUCUCAUAUUUCAAUAAACACACCUGCAACAGGCAACAGUAUGUUUGCGACAAGAACCGAUACAGAUUCCCCGACCGUUGAGAUAACCGAUGGGAUCCCAACGCAGAGGUUUAUCACUAUCCUAGGCGGACAGUUCAACUAUCAUUUCUACUUUCAAAACGCCGUUCCUAAGAACGUCUUCCUGACUGGGUCUUCUAUCACAAAGUUGAUACUUUGCAAGAGGUACAGGAUGAUGCGGUUGUAG